AUGGUGGUCAUCAACAAAAAGUCGCCGACCAACCUGAGCCAGCCGCUCUUCCCGGGCAUGGAAGUGCAGUUCUCCGAGCCGUAUGUACUCUACCGGACAGAGGAGGACGACAUUUACGCUCCCGCCCUCGCUCCCGCUGCCCACAACCCGCAGGCCGUCAUGUACAAUGCCCAGGCUCUGCAGCUGCAGCAGCAGCAGCAGCAGUAUGCCCAGAUGCAGGCCCACGCCCACGCCCAAGCCCAGGCCCGUGCUCAGGCUCAGGCCCAAGCCCAGGCUCAGGCCCAUGCCCAAGCCCAGGCCCAGGCUCAGGCUCAGGCUCAGGCCCAGGCUCAGGCUCAGGCUCAGGCUCAGGCCCAGGCUCAGGCUCGCGCUCAGGCACAGGCACAAGCACAAGCACAGGCCCAAGCGAUGCGGAUGCAGAGCCAGGCGCACGCUGCGCCGAUGUCCGCUGCUGCAUUGGAGGCGCAGAUGCAGCAGUACAACGCCAUGCUCAAGAUGCAGGCUAGCGGCACAGCUGGUGCUGCGGCUGGCGCUACAGGAGGAUAUGGUGGCCCUGAUGGCAGUGCGCAGCCGCCGCAGGCUGCAGGAUGGACGCCGGUGGCAGUGACAGACCUCUUUGCCGCCGCUGGCUCGCUGCAGACGGCACCGGUGCCCAAGACGCCAAUCUCGGCGCCACCGCUCGGCACCGCUGCCGCUGCGCCGGCCUUCCCGCCCGAGCCGAUCCCGGAGCCGGCGAGCAUCAGCAAGUUUGAGAUGCUCUCGCUGCUGCAAAAGGGGGCGACGGCGGCGUCAGGCGACGGCUCGACGUCGAUCUCAGGCCUCGCCGCCAAGCAGGCCGCCAACCCGGUCGCUUUUGCGCCCGGCAGCCAAGCCGCCACGCCCGUCGUCGCUGGCCUCACCCGCGACCAGCUUCGUGACGCACUCAUCCGCCUCGUCAACAACGCCUCGUUCCUCGACAUGCUUUACAACGACUACCUCCGCUCGACGUCGUCAGCAUGACCAUCGACCCAUGGCUCCCCUUAGAUCCGGGAGAUAAA